ACAGAAAUAUCCUGAUGAAGUUCGGGAGCAUCGUCGCUCGUCAGUUGGAAGUUUGCUACUCGACAUUCCUCAAGAACCGCCAUGCACUCGAGUCCUAUAAGCAAUCCGUGCACUCUAUUAGCGGGGCUGUUGGCCUACUGACCCUCAUCCAGGAGCUGAAGUACAAGAUGAAUCCGUGGAGCAUUCAAAUGGACCAGUUUAAGGAAAGUCAGAAGCUGCUUGAACGCCAGAGGUAUCACUUUCCUUCCGACUGGCUCUACUACGACAAUGUCGAAGGGGAAUGGGCGGCUUUCAACGAGAUACUCGGCCGGAAAGAGGCCCUUAUUCAGGCAGACUUUUGA